CGCGCUCUUCACUGGAUCAUUUCUCUUUGCAGUUUGGCAUCGCUCUUAAGAAUAGUUGGGAAAAUCAUUCUGAACACGAGUUUUAGUACUUAUUCUCAAGCACUUUGUUCUCGUUGCAUUUUAUAGUGUGGACUACGUUUAAUGGGACAUUAAAGAGGAAGUAAAAGUAGGAUAAUAUUCAAAUUGUAUGAAACGAUGCGUCUGAAUCAUCUCAUCACAUGAUAUAAUAAAGAGAUCAAUAUUGGAGUGAUUGAAACAAUGCUGAACAAUGUUGUUUCAUUAUUGGUCAUCUUCUUCAUGCAAGGUUUGGCCUGGAGUAAGAGUGUCCGAGUGACUGAGCUGAAAGUCCCAUCGACGGCCAUUUUUGGAGAGUCUGUCACCCUCAUGUGCAGCUAUGACCUGGGGAGCGAAGAGCUGUACGUUGUGAAAUGGUACAAGGACGACCUCGAGUUUUACAGAUACGAACCAAAAGAUGACAAUCAGUCUGUGUACUUCCCUCAGCCUGGGAUCGAUAUUGACCUUUCAAAAUCAGGCAGUAAUGUUGUGUAUCUGAAAAAUGUAGCUCUCGACUCAGCAGGGACCUACAAGUGUCAAGUUUCAACCGAUGCUCCAACAUACAGUUGCGUUCAAGCUGUUAAAGAAAUGAAUGUAGUCAUAUUGCCUAUGGAAGGGCCUAGCAUUACUGGUGGGGAGGGCAGCUACGAUUUUGGAGACAACGUAACUCUGAACUGCACCUCAGCCAAAUCCAAACCUGCUGCCAAACUAAGCUGGCUCGUCAAUGGAAAACCAGUGGAGGACAAUGACACAAUCGACCAUGGUGUCACUCUUGUUGAAAGCAAUUUAGAAGUCACAUCGAAGACGCUGCAGUUGCCCGUAACAGAAACCUUGCUCAGCAAAGGCAAAGUGGCCAUAAAGUGUGAAGCUUCAUUUUAUGGUCGAGUAGCCAUGAUUAGUAGAGAUAUCACAAUAAUUGAGUUAGACGGAGCCUCUUGUUGUUACUUCAGCAACUCACUUUUGCUCAUAAUCAUUCUCAUCGUACUCUGGCCCGGGUUUAGGUGAGUGUGCUUCUUCUUCCCCAGCUUCAAAUCUGUUAAGAGUCUUCAACGUACGAAAUUCUUGGAAAAUGCCCUCUGCCCUUCAUAUUUUGUAUCAAAUGGAUGUGGAAAUACAGACUGUGCAGUCAAGGGACUUGGAAUGAAACAUGAAAUAAAAAUAAUAAAUGUUUAAAAAAAUGAGCAUUGAAAGAACUAACAGGAAAUCAGAUUCUAAGAAAACAGAGAUCACAGUUUUUUUUACGGCACACGAACGGAGAUGUAUAAAAUCUUGCUCAAAUCAUUGAACAUUAUGUAUUGGAAGAUGGGAACUUGCUCUUCACUGCGUUAAGAAAGCAUACAGUAAUUUUUAUUAAAAUCUUUCUUCAAACGACUCAAGUAUAAAAAAAAAAUGAUAUAUACAAUAAACUGCUGCAUAAAUCUCAGACCUGAUCUCAGAUUUCAAUUUCAUCAUUAAUUUGACAUCUUGAUUUUGAAUUAAUUAUAUGGAUUGAUCUUAUUAGUUACCGUGAAAGUAAAGUUCGGAAACAUUAAUAAAAAGAAGAAGAAGAAGAAAUUGAUAAAGGAAUAAGAAUUUAUUACCCUUUGAUAAAUACUUUUACAUUAAUAACAUUCAUUUUAGUUCGA